GGAGAGCAGACUUAAAUUUGAUAAGUAUGAUAGAUUUGCAAAGCUGGCAAAAUUAUAAUAUGUUGAGGAAAUUAAUAUUCAAGUUUAAAUUAUUGUCUUAUUUCACAGGAAAAUGUCUUGGAUCACUCUUUCCGGUUCAAUACCAAGCACAUGUCUGGUCGGCCUUGUUGUUGGGCUUGUAGUGUACUGGUUGUUACAAAAAUGGAAAUAUAGUUAUCCACCGGGACCCCCUGGACUGCCACUGGUUGGAAAUGCACUGCAAAUCGAUCUGAAAGGAUUUCCUAAACAAGUGUUUGAAUGGUCAAAGAAAUAUGGACCUGUAGUAACCAUUCGCACAGGUCCUGUACAAUUUAUAACUGUGAAUACAAUAGAAACUGCCUUAGAGGUACUUGUAAGGAAAUCUACAGAUUUUUGCUGGGCGUGA